ACUGGCACAUGUCGCGCAUACACAUCUAUAACCAACGCUGCCCAGUCCCUCUGCAAAUCCCGAUGCCGAACUUCAACCAGCACUCGGUCUGCAGGCCGAACAGGAUCAGUACUUGGCCGCUCCAAACGCCUCUCCGCCUCUGCCGACCCCGCCUCGUAGACGCAUGCCUCGCCUCACCCCACAUCUUCAUCUGCCCCACAGACUUCGCGCACCACAAUCCCAGUUAUUCAGCUCAAUAUGCAUCUCUGAAAGUAGUCGGCCUGCCCGCUCGCACGCUCGGCGCGCACUUCGGCACCACACGUUGUUCUCGCAUUGCAAUUCGAAUGACGUCCCUCGCACGUCUCGAGACACACCGCCCGGUCACGCUGCGGCACGGUUGGAGUGGCUGCACCGCUUACUGUAUUCCCCCAGACGACACAGCGGCCGACCAUCGCCCCCAAAACCAAUAUUGUCGUCGGUCACGCUCAGCAUCUUGGGUGAGUCAAAGGUUUGUCCGAGUGAUUAUAUAACGACGUUUGUCUGCCGCGUUUCAUCUCGCUACUCCACCUGCCUUCCGCCUCGGCCUCUCGACGCGUUCAUUGAAGCCAUCGUUUACUCUCCCUUCCCCCUGAAGACCGCCACACCAUGAAGUCCUUCGUCGCGCUCGCUGCCUUGGCAGCCUCAGCGUUCGCGCAGCGGAUCCAGAUUGGUGUGCCUGCGAACCUCGCUGAGAUCCAGCCAGGAAGCAACAUCACAGUCGAGGUUGACCGCCCUAACUCCCUUACUGGCUCGACUGAAGUCGCGCUGGCCAUCGGCCUCUUCCCUUGCGGCGGCGUGAAGGGCGCAACGAGCUGCUCGUCUAUGGACGUCAGCCAGGUCCUCGGCAAUGUCGUCUACAACGGCCCGUACAACCCGCAGUACGCCACCGACGCGCCAAGCAAACCACCCCACCAGAACUUCUCCGUCACCGUUCCGUCAACAUUCCAGAGCGGGCAGGUCAGUCUGGGCGUCGCGCACUUUUCCUUGGUUGGGGCCGGCCAGUCGCCCUUAUAUGAGUUCGUGAACGUCACAUUGGUCGUCCCCUGAUUGGGACCACCGACGACGACAGUGUUCUUCUCACUGCCUCCACCUUAUGCCCGUCUGCCCCUCGUACUCAAUGCAGCAUUUGGUGACAGUUUCCAUGACAUGCUCUGCUUGUCGUGCAAGCAUACCCGGACAUUGGACUUGGCGGAUUUUCACAGCUGCACUAUAUUAAUCCAUCACUAUCACUAGUCGACGCUUCUAAUACCAUCACACUAUGAUAUUUAAUAAUAGGGGUGUUCAGAGUGCGCGAUUUUGAAGCGAUUCUCCCAGCGAUUCUGCGCCGAUUUUGAAUAUCUGAAUCGUGUCUAAAUCGCGGCCUACUCUGACCACCCCAUACUGAAGGAAGACUUUGGGAACGAUUAUGGUCUCGAUUCUGGGGAGGAUUUUGGAGGAGGCAGAAUCACGGACAGCAGAAUCGCGAUUCUGAGAACAAAAUCACGUCUAGAAUCGGCCUCCAGAAUCGUCCCAGAAUCGCUCCAGAAUCGUGCACUCUAAC